CACGGCCUCAAUCUUUGUGCUCCCUCCCUCGCGACCGAACCGAGAGAUGUCGCUCUUCCUCCGACAACUACGGAUUUCAGCACAUCCCAAUCCAAUGAUAUCCACGCACGAGAACUAGUCGCGUCCACCGUUCAAGGGGCUCGGUAGCCGCCAGUUGCCAGCAUUCCAGCCAACUGCCGACUUCAUUCCAUUGCCGGCCCAGCACCAGACCUGUCGGAUGUCUCAUCGUGUUCCACCCCAAGCUCAUCCAGUUGUUUCCAGAUGCAAUAGAACGGACGGUGGGAGCCAGUGCAGAUCUUCUCGGCCGCCUUGCUCCGUCCCACGCCUUGGUAGCGCCCGCUAUGAGUUUGAGGGCCCGGAAACGAACCCGCCCCGGAUCGGGUCCCCGUGCCAUCCACCCUGAAUCCUGACGUCGUAUUGUGCCU